CCCACAUUUUGACAUUCAAAAUGGCGGCGUCGGGUGGUAAACAUGUGAAGAUCCGAUUUGUCGGUAACGAAGACGUCGUCGAACACCUAAAGGACACCGAGUUGGUUAGAAACUAUGGUUUGAGGCAGAGAAAGAAUUCAGACAAAAGACAAUCAAUAAUAAUAGCACCCGUUCAAAAGAGAAAUGGUGUUGGUAACAGCAUCAACCAAGAGAGUGAUGAUGAUAGUAGUGAUAGUGAGAUGGAUGUGGACCCAAUCUCUUCAAACAUCUUGAUCGGUGAACAUGGCAUUUCUGGAAGUGAUGUGUAUGCAUUCCAGACUCCCAAGAGAUCUGGCAAAAUGGCCGAGUUAGCUGCUCUGUGUAAGACGCCCUCUAGUGUCAGAAAGACUCCAGGAAAAAAGUUACAAGCAUCUGCUACACCAUCUAGCAGUAAAAAAACACCAAAGCGAAAAACUGUCAGAAUCGUGGAACCUGGAGAAGAUGAAGAAGACACAGAACAAUCAAGAUCAGGCUUGAGACGAUCCAGUAGAAGGAGAAUUCCAGUUGAUGAAGACAGUGAGUCGUCUAGUAAUAGUGAUGAUGAUGUAAGCAGUGAAGUGUCCUCUAGCGUGGUGUCAUCUGUCAAGUCCAAGACGCCAUCAGAAACAUCAACACCAUCAAGAACCCCAACACGGUCUAGUAGUAGAAUGAAAACUAAUGGUGAUUUGACACAAAUGGCGGAAGAAUACUUUGAGGCACAAAGUGGAACAGUUGUAACGUCAGAUCGAACAUUGUCCAGAUUAAACACACCAAGAAUGAACCAAGAGGAACUUAAUAAUGUAUUAGAAUGCGAAUCAAGUAGCCAUCAAAUUGAACGCCAAGAAUUGUAUGACGAUUACAGGGAAUUAUUUAAUAAAUGGAUGUUUCAGUUAAGCAAUGGUUUUAAUUUGAUUCUGUAUGGCUUGGGAUCCAAGAGAGUCUUACUGGAUGAAUUCCGAGAUGUCCAGUUAUCAGAAUUUACACAUGUCGUCAUUAAUGGAUUCUUUCCAAGCAUCACCAUUAAAAGUAUUCUAAACACCAUUUCAGAGGAAGCUUUGGAUCACAGUGGUAGUUUUCGAAAUCCUAUAGAGCAAUGUGAAUUCAUAAAACAACAUUUAGAAAAAAAUAAAGAAGAGUUAUUCUUAAUUAUUCACAAUAUUGAUGGAUCAAUGUUAAGGGGAGAGAAAACUCAAAAUAUUUUGAGUCUAUUGGUUCAAAGUUCAAAGGUACAUCUGGUUGCUACAAUAGAUCACAUUAAUGCUCCAUUAGUGUGGGACCAAACCAAGUCAAGUCGAUUUAACUGGCUAUGGUAUGAUGUCACUACAUAUGAACCUUAUAUUGAAGAGACUUCUUAUGAAAACUCUCUGUUAGUCCAACAGUCUGGUGUCUUAGCAUUAAGUUCAUUGACCCAUGUUAUGAGAAGCUUGACACCGAAUGCAAGAGGUAUAUUCUUGCUGCUUGCCAGAUAUCAGAUGGAACAGAAAGACAAUUCUUCAUACAUAGGGAUGUCAUUCCAAGAUCUUUAUCAGAAAUGCCGUGAGUCGUUCUUAGUUAAUAGCGACCUAACUUUACGCGCUCAGCUGACUGAAUUUCGAGAUCAUAAGCUAAUCAUCUUCAAGAAGGGUGUGGAUGGAUUGCAGUAUCUUACAAUACCAAUAGAUGAAGCCACUAUCACCGAAUAUAUGACUGAAGAAGCCGAAACAACUUAACAGAUAAAUGUCAUGUCAAGUCAGCAACACAUUUCUCACUGCCAUCGUUUCAUUUCAUGAAAUACAAACAAACUGUGAAUGAUAUCUUUGCCAAAGAAGAGUGUACUAGACUUAUUGAUGAGUGUCAAAACACAAAUUCUCAAAAAGUGUAAAUAAAUUCCUUUUGUGCACUCAGAAUAUUAUGUAACAAAAUAAAUCAUUAAUAUCAAAACUGAGAAUACUGCAAUAUAUAUUUGUUGAUAUUUCCACUGUCAGAGUACAUAUUCUCGUGGUAAUCUCUUACUCUUAAUACUAUAUAUAUAUUACCAAUACUACCACACUGCCAGUGUAUGUUUUCACUACCUCCAAAUAAAUGUAUUUGUAUUGUGACACA